AUGCUGGCGCGCCAGAGGGAGAGCCCACAGCAAGAGAAGGAGCCUCACUUGCAGGGGCGACGUGCGGCUGAGCUUUCAGUGGCAGUAGGCUUGACGGACAGUGGGCAGGAUGUUGGUGCACUAGAAUGGGAUCAGGCUGAGCAGGUGGAGGCUAGAGUUGAGAUCAUUUUGGAGGGGUGCAGAGCGGAUGUGCAGACUGCAGCGGGCAAUCUGUCUCCGCGGCCUAGCAGCUGUCAUGGGGAGUUGGCAGCUUCUUCCUUGGAGGCGCUGAAUGUAGAUCAGUCACAGGCAUUGGAGCCGGUUAUUAAACUCGGAAAAUCAAAGGGAAUAAGGGUGAUUCUCCCUUCCGACAGGCAGCUACGUUCCACUUCAACAUCCUCCAAAAACGGAUUCCAGCUGGUAGCUAUUUGUGAACCGAAACUUGAUGUUGCAAAUAUUGAGAGCAUCCGCUUAAAGUUGUCAUUUGAUGCUGCUGUUGCUAACUUGUCAGCAGAUGUCUGGGUCUUGUAUAAUUUUCCGUUGGUAUGCUCUAUAGCUGGGAAUUCUCAGCAACAUAUCUCCCUGAAUGUCCAUCAUCCAUGGCUGCCUCGCCCCUUGCAAUUUUCUUUUGUGCAUGCUAGGUGUACAUUGGAAGAACGACGAGGGUUGUGGCAAGCACUUUUGGUGGACAAACCACGCGACCAGCCAUGGUGCAUCUAUGGGGAUUUCAAUGUGAUCAUAUCCCCUAACGAAAAGAGGGGAGGUCGGCCUUUUCGUGCCUCGGAGGGGUUAGAUCUUCUGACCUUCAUGGAGGAGACGGAAGUUUUUUAUGUGGGUUUUUCUGGCUCGAGUUUCACUUGGUGCAACAAUCACCAUGGCCGGGCUCGGAUAUGGAAACGAUUGGAUAGGCUAUUGGUUAAUGGCGAAUGCUCUGAAUUACCGUCAGUCGUGUCGGUCACUCACUUGGUUAGACAUCCAUCCGACCAUGCGCCGUUACGAGUUUCUUUCACAUCCCGUGUAGAUGAUAAGCCUCAUGCGUUCCGCUUCCUGAAUGUGUGGACAUCCAGAGCAUCUUUACUUGAUGUUAUUCGAACGACUUGGCAACAGGAGUGUCAAGUGGAGGAGGAGUUUUGGAAGCAGAAGAAUCGUGUCAAGUGGCCCCGACAUGGCGAUAGAAACUCAAAAUUCUUCCAUGCCACCCUGAGACAGAGGAGGUUGCAAGAGGUAAUCCACAGGAUAAAAGAUGAGACUGGCAUAUGGGUGGAGACGAAGGAAGAUUUAUCACGUGAAGCGGUACGGUAUUUUUCUGAUUUAUUCUCUGCUCCGAUAGUACCCUCGUUAGACUUGCUGCACGUUAUCCCCGCCAACAUCACAGCGGAGGAAAACAGGAGCUUAGAGGCCGACCCAUCUUUCGAGGAAGUAAAAAAAACUGUCUUUGCAAUGGAUGGUGAUAGUGCAGCGGGCUCCGAUGGUUUCACGGGUUUUGUUAAGGGCAGGAAUAUCUCGGAGAAUUAUCUUCUCGCCCAGGAAAUAAUGUCAGGGAUGCGUAGUUCGUACAGGGGUGGAAAUGUAGCAUUGAAGUUAGACAUGUCCAAGGCAUAUGACCGUGUAUCGUGGGUAUUUCUCAUGAACAUAAUGCGGCGGUUUGGGUUUGGGGAAAGGUUCCUUGACAUGGUGUGGAGGUUGAUUUCUAAUGCUUGGUUUUCGGUUAUAAUAAAUGGAGCGUCUUAUGGUUUUUUCAAAUCGAGUAGGGGAUUACGGCAGGGGGAUCCGAUAUCCCCCGCGUUAUUCGUAAUUGGGGCGGAGGUUCUGUCACGGGCUUUAAAUAAUCUCGUGUUACAUCGCGGCUAUAGGGGUUUUAAGGUCCCACGGGGGUGUCCCCAAGUCACGCAUUUGGCCUUCGCUGAUGAUGUAUUGAUAUUCGCUAAUGGGUCUGCUCGAGCUUUACAGGAUAUUGUACGGGUGUUGAAGCUUUACCAACAAUCCUCGGGUUAG